GGCGGACGAAUCUUGUAUAAGUAGAAGUUUGUGUUUCUAUCAUAUUUACAGCAGAACUAACGCAAUGAUGCAGCAUUUUAUGACCAUAAUUUGACCAAUAUUAUAUACACUACUGUUUGCAAGUAGUGAAACUCAGAAAAAAGGACAUACUUCGACAAUUUUUUGGUAGAUUUCGUCGAAUAUGGUACUUCGAAGGCAAGGAAUUACAACUUAGUUGGAACUGUGUUUAAGCUUAUUUAUUUUUGUUAAGUGUUACUUAUGACAAAAUGUCUUCUUACCAACUGAGUGAAACGGAACUUGAGAAACUGAAAGUCAAACUUCAAGAGGAAGGGGUUGUAAGAUGUCCAUCUGAGGGCUGUUCAGAGACUUUCAAAUCCAUCUGGGGUCUUCGCUUCCAUUUGAAGAAAAACACUUGUAAUGCGCCUAAGUUUAAAUGUGACAAGUGCAACGAGGGUUUUUCUACUCGAAUUAUACUUCAACAACAUUGUGAAAGUUGYCCUGGUGAAGAUAACAAAAACAAGAAAGUCGUAGAUAGUGGAACUGUAGGAAAUAAAGAAGUAUCUGGUUUAAAAAGAACAYUUUUGCAAGAAAAAGAGGAUGUCACUGUUGCUAAUAAAAAAUCUAAGAGUUCAGAAAGUACAAAGAAAGAUUCAACGAURGUGUCUGACACUGAAAGAGAAACCAUUGAAAUUACUUCAGAAACUAGUUCUACUACUAYUGCCGAAGAAGAACUUGCACAUAAUUCUAUUAAUGCUUCAGAACAUUCGUCACAAAAAACAGACAUUAGCGAUGUGUCAGAAAAUGUAUUUAUUCCUGAUAUUAUAAAAGGAACUACUGAUAGAGUAAAAYAUUUAAAUUCUUCUACUACAACAGAAGAGAAUGAAACUUCUGCUGAUAARAGUCACGAUAAAUUAGUAGCAACUACAGAUUCUUGUAAUGUAAGCAAUAACACUUCUAAACAGAAGUUAAAUGAACCUCAAAAGAGAAAGAGAGGGCGACCCAAAAAAUCCGAAACUCAMUGUAAAAAGAAACAAAAGGUUGUCACAUCAGAAGCAAACUUGAACAGAGAAGAAUUUGUAACUCCCAAGAAGAAGCCAGCAAGAAAAAAGAAAACAGCUGAAACUCCAAAGGAUAAAGUUACUCCACCGUCAAGAAGAAGUUCAAGGUCGACAGUAAAGAAAGUCAACUAUGCCCACAUAGACAGCUCUGAAGACGAGAAUGAUGAUGAUAAUGAUGAUGAUGACGAUGAUGAUGAAAAUGGCAUAGCAACAGCGACACCAAAGUCAGCACCAAAUAAAAACAAAGAGGUUGAUAGUUGUGGUGUUAAUAAUGCAACAGCAUCACCAACACUAACACCACCAGCAAGCAAAGAUGAAGCAGAGAAACCAAAAAAGAGAGGCCGACCUAAAAGAAUCAGAACAACUACAGAUAAUGAAAAACAAAAUAAUGUCAAAGAUAAAGAAAAAAUAGUUGAAAAACAGUCACAGAAUAUAGAAGAUGAUAAUAUUAGUAUYGAUGCURGCGAUAAGACUGGRGUGCAUUGUAWUGAUAAAGAAAAAGUAAUUACGGAAGAAAAUAGCAAAGAAAGGAAUACAGRUGAACMUGAUAARCUUCCCCCUAAAAAGAGRGGAAGAAAAAAGGCCACAGAGAGCAAGWGCAAGAGUUUUAUUUCUAGCAGUGAAAAAGAGACUGCAGUACAGCACAAUGAUAAAGACAUAGUUGCUUCUGAAGAGAAUAGUCAACAAGAAAAUGUAGUUGAAGCAGUUAAAGUUCCUAAAAAGAGGGGAAGGAAAAAAGCUAAUGAAAACAAAAGUGAAGUAAAGGUGAUCAAAGAACAAGAUGGACAGGACACAGAGCAAGGAAAUAAUGUUGCAAAUGACAUCGAUAACUCCCCUAAAAAGAAAGGAAGGAAAACACUUACAGAAGAAGAAAGGGUUGCCUCAUUGAAAGCRAAAGCACGGAAAGGGCAGCUGAUUCAUUGUGAUUAUAAAUGUGGAAAAAAGUUUUCAUCCUACCUUGGAUACAAAAUUCACAUGGACYUGUGUGGAAAGGAGACUAGAGAAGUCAUAAAAUGUGAAAUCUGUCAGAAAGAGUACAAUACAUUACCAGGACUGAAGUAUCAUAUGAAAUCUGCUCAUACGGAAAAACCUGUUGUUGAAAAGAAACCAACUGAAGAUAACAAAACUGGUGAUAGAGAGCAACUUGUCAGUGAAUCAGGAAAAGCACUUAGACAUGCUGCAGUCAGGGCAAUGGAGAGGGUCCAAGAUCUAAAGAAAACCAAAAUAGAGGAAGCUCAAGGUCCAGUAUACAAAAGAUACGAACACUGUGAUGCUUACAUCUUAAAACAAAGACAGGGACUGAUAACACAUGCAAUGUUGGUCAARUGGAAAGAAGAAAUCAAGACCAAUGGCCCCAAAAAUUGUCCAAAUGAGGCCUGUACAGAGACCUUUACAUCGGUGCAUGUGCUUCAAACUCACUUUCUUCAGUGUGGAUUUGACGAGGCUCCCUAUAAGUGUAAAGAAUGUGAAAAGGAAUUCCUAACUAUCACUGGUGCACGCUACCAUGUGGAAUCAAUGCAUCUAAAGGAGCCCGAGAAUGAAGAGAAUAACAGUGAAGAUGAYUAUAUUGAAGAAUCAGAAGAGGAAGAAGACGAGGAAGAGGAUGGCGAUGUAGUUAUUGAUGCAGAAGAUGAGUUACAGGAGCUUGAAGAGCCUAAAAGAAAACAUAAUGUUAAGAAAAAAAUUAAUAAAACCAAAACGAUAUCAGUUGCUUUUGGAAUAUGGAGCAGAGCAUACAGAAUGCAUGAAAGAUGGAAAACAAGCAAUAUUGAUGCAGAACAAAUCUAUCAAGAACACAUGCCUGUAAUCCAUCACUGGUGUAGAGUUACAGCAAACAAUAUUCCAGAAUAUAUUCCUGUUUCAACAAAAUCACCUCAUUUUAUUAUUUCACGGCCCAACAACAAGAACAGCGACAAUCUUGAAGAUAGUCAGCUUUCUCUUUUUACCAGCCUGGAUAAAAACAGCAGUGGCAAGUAUGGAGAUCGUACAUUUUAUGCUGGUGGGCCUGUGUGGGGACUUUCCUGGUGCCCUACUUCUGAUAUUAGCACAAAUGUCGACCAAUUUAUUGUUGUCAGUACUCACAGAUCAUAUGAAACGGUUUAUCAUGCUUAUAAGUGUCACAAGGGUAAAGGAACUCURCAGGUAUGGAAUUUGGGCAAGUUAUCCAGUAAUUCAUCCAGAUCUGGGGAUUCUCCUAAGUUGGCUCUUUGUAUUGCUCAUGACUUUGGUCCAAUUUACAAGAUGAUUUGGUGCCCUUUUGGAACUUGGCAACAACCUGAUGCGACCACUGAUGAUGAUUGUGUACCCAGACUUGGUCUUUUAGCGGUUGCCUGUGGUGAUGGGAUUGUGCGAAUUCUGAGUAUUCCAUAUCCUGAUAAGCUGUUGUCCAAGCUGCCUGUACUUUCACAUCGGAGAACUGGAGCAGUCCAAGRCAAAGAAUUUUAUCAAGUCAUGGUUCAUGGUCCAUCUUUGAUUGAUCUUUUCCCUUGCGCUUUGAACGGCAACUACAACGGUCAGCGCGGCAUGGCAUUGUGCGUGGACUGGUCUCGAGUGAAACCUUUUCAUCGUAUUGCUGCWGGGUUUUCAGAUGGUUCUGUGGCAGUUUGGAAUUUGUCGUCGAAGUCUGCACUGUUGACAAAAACUCUGGAAAAUCAACAUCAUACAUUGCGUAUGGCACCGUUCGUUCUUAUCAACGCCCAUUCUUCAUUAGUGCGCGAUUUGGCUUUUUGCCCAACAAAUCAAGACAUCAUUGUGACUGGUGGUGAGGAAAGAUCUUAUAAAAUAUGGGAUUUGAAGAGUCCGUGUAUUCCAUUAAUAAUACUCAAAAAAGGACUCCCUUGUGAAAUCGAGUGGCCUUUGCAUACCAAUGGGUUCCUUUGCUGCGAACAGGAUCUCUUCAACAACAACCAUCCAGCUCUAAAACACUGUGACAUUACCACAGUUGAUUAUAUGCGCGUUGUGUGCCCACAUGGUAGUGCAAUCUGGUCUUUGUCGUUCAACUUGUGGCUUCAUUUGGCGGCAAGUUCGGAUGUGGCUGGAGAUGUUUACGUGUCUAAAGAUACGAUGAAGUGUUCCUCGACGAAAUGGCCUCUUUAUAAAGUGCACUUAGAGGACCGUAACUCGAAUGUCAACACCGAAAGCAAUCAGAAAAAAAGCCCCAACAARUUCAAACAAGAAUGUCCAAGUAUACAACAAACCAUACGUUGUUCGCGACUUGUUUUCAGGGAUAUCAACUCUUUACAGUUCCAUAACGAUGUUCUCACAAGUAGGAAGGAAAUUCAAGAAGCRCCAUCAAGCUAUAGCGCAAAUACCUCUACAUUACAGUCUAUCAACAAGGUUCGAUGGAAUCCAAAUAAGCAAGCCAGGACUUGGAUCGCGUCUGGUGGGACAUCGGGAUUGGUUCGAAUACAUAAUGUAAAAGAAAAAAGUCAUUCACAUCACUCUCCUCCUGAUGAACUCGAUGGAUCUGAAUAAACCGGCGUCCGUAAUUUUAUAUUGCUAUGUWUUAGUAUACAUGUUGUAUUUAUGAGAACAUUUUAUUGUUCACGUUUGAAAUAAAAUGUAAAAAAUUAUAAAAUCUUAAAAAAAUAAAUAAGGCUUUCUGUGCUGA